AUGGAUGGGUACCUUGUUAUACAACACUCUAGAAAAAUCAACACACCAAGAUGCGUAUGUAACUGUGUGACAUCAUCCGCCUCGCCGAGUAAUGAAAAUGGUACACGUAUAUUCAAAAAUACUACUGAGAAGGCAAUGACGCAAUCGACAUGGAAGAACAUUUUCGGGAGCACUACAGGUAAAAUUGCGAUUCCGAGUAAAACAACACCAAAGGCUGUUAUCGAUAUAACAACGCUUCCGUCCGAACAAGGCAAUGUAACUUUGAAGAGUGUUAGGAGACGAGCCGCGGAUUCAAACAGGGAGGUGCCUCUGUCACUCUCUAGCAAUUCUGUGGUCAAUCCACAUAAUUAUGAAUUCAUCAUUGCAAACCCCUAUAUCUGCAAACGUUCUGAUAUCGUUUUAGUAACACUAUUUUUCACAACAUAUGAUGAAACAGUAUUCCGUGGAACCAUGCGAAAGAUAAGCUCAUCCGGAACUAGUGUUGUUUUGGGGCGAAAGGUUGUAGGCAUUUUUCUGCUGGGAUCAUCUGGGAAUGCGACUGUUGAUGCAAUGGUGGAAAAGGAAAGUAAGGAGUACGGAGAUAUCGUGCAAGAGAGUUAUCUUGACACACAUGGUAAUCGUACAUUGAAAAUGAUAAUGGGGUUUCGAUGGGUAUCUACGUACUGUGCUCAUGCUCAGUAUGUUAUGAAAGUGGAGAGCCAUGUUAUCGUGAAUUACGACAGCUUGAUGCGUCGCCUUGAACAAGCACCGAUGAGCGUGUUCGCAGAAGGAACAGUUCUAUGUUGCGAAAGACCAGUUAGUGAAGAUAACACAACAAAGUGGUACACUUCCCCAGUCCCUUCGCCGAAAACGUACCCGCCUUAUCUCGAAGGAUCUGCAUAUGUGAUGUCAUCAGACGUAUCACGCGGUGUAUUCAGCAUGUCUCCGUUUGUGCGUUAUUUGUCUUUUGACGACGUAUACGUUGGCAUUGUUAUGAAAACACUCGGGGUCAUCCCCGUCCAGGGACAAGGGUACGAUUCCCCGUCUUGGAGGUCUUGGAAUGAAAACGAAGUCACUUACCUUUGUAGACUCGGGAGGUCGCAUACUCUGAAAAUACGUCGAUCUCGGAAUAAUCCGAGAUAUGAGCAGAAACAAUUUUUAAAACUUCACCAACGCCUCUCCCUGAGUAACUUAACAGACCGAUGUUAG